CCGGGGACAGGGAUGACGCCGGUAUCGGAGGCCAAUACCGCCAGGCAGCAGCGCCAGCCCGUAAUGUGAGAGGGGGCAGGAGGCCUCUCUCCCGUCCCGCCCGGGGGCCACAGGCAGACGGCGGAGGCGGCAGGAGCACGGACCUCCCAGGCUGCGCUCCCAGCACAGAGACCACCCGGUAACCAGAGACCCCCACACCGCCCCCAGCCGCCAGGCUGCGCCCACCCCUCACAGCCAGAGUCCGACAGCAGCAGCCCGCCCCCACUAGCCUGAGAGACCCCCGACCUGCAGCAGCACUCCCGCACACCGGGCUCCCCCCGCACUCACCUCCCUGACGCAGAGGAAAGACUCCCGCCCGCACAGGGCUAUACACCGGAGACCCCCCCCUCCUACAGGACACAGACCACCCCCCUCAUUGGAAUACAGACUACCCCCAGUACCCGGACAGCAGCAGCACGUACUGAGUAGCCGCAGCCCGGGCUGGCUGUAAUGGAGGCCUGGGGCCUGCUGCUCGCCGUACUGUCCGCGGCCUGGGCGCUGCCCCCCGGGUGUAAGCAGGACGGGAGACCCCGGGGCACGGGCAGGGCGGAAGCGGGGAAGGUGGUGUGCAGCGGACUGGACGCCGGCAGGAGCCUUCCCCUGGGAGCAUUGCCCAACCGGACCACCACCCUAAUACUUAACAGUAACAAGAUCACUGAACUAAACAAUGCUUCCUUCGAGGGACUGCGUUUUCUAGAAAGGCUAGAUCUCCGAAAUAACUUGAUCAGUGCAAUUGAACCUGGUGCCUUUUCUGGACUUGCGUUUCUUAAACGACUGGACCUUGCCAAUAAUAGGAUUGGAUGCCUCAAUUCAGAUAUAUUUAAGGGCCUCACCAACCUAGUUAGAUUAAAUCUGUCUGGGAAUUUAUUUUCUUCAUUGGCACAAGGAACAUUUUCUAAUUUGGUUGCCUUAAAGUCAUUAGAAUUCCAGACAGACUAUCUUCUGUGUGAUUGCAAUCUUCUGUGGAUGGCAGGGUGGAUAAAGGCAAAAAACAUAACUGUCCGUGAGACUAAAUGUUCCUACCCUAAGGCUCUCCAAGGCCAGCCGGUGACGGCAGUAAAAGUGGAACAGCUGACAUGCGAAUCACCUCUCGAGUUGCCAUCGUUUUACAUGACCCCUUCGCAUCGCCAAGUGGUCUUUGAAGGGGACAGUCUUCCUUUCCAAUGCAUGGCUUCCUAUAUUGACCAGGACAUGCAGGUGUUGUGGUAUCAAGAUGGAAAGAUUGUAGAAACAGAUGAGUCGCAGGGCAUUUUUGUUGAGAAGAACAUGAUCCACAACUGCUCGCUGAUUGCUAGUGCCCUGACCAUUUCCAAUAUACAAGCUGGAUCCACAGGGAACUGGGGCUGCCGAGUGCAGAGCAGGCGUGGUAAUAACACCAGGACUGUGGACAUUGUAGUACUAGAGAGCUCGGCGCAGUACUGCCCUAUGGAAAGGGUUAUUAACAACAAAGGGGACUUUAGGUGGCCAAGAACAUUGGCAGGAAUCACUGCAUAUCUUCUGUGUACGCGUUAUUCUGCUGGCAACGGCAUCUACCCUGGCAACCAACAAGAUGACAUCAGAGCUUGGCGACGAUGUGACAGAGGGGGCUUCUGGGCAGAGGAAGACUAUUCUCGAUGCCAGUAUGCUAAUGAUGUUACACGUGUCCUGUACAUGUUUAAUCAGAUGCCCCUUAACCUGACUAACGCAGUGGCGACCGCUAAGCAGCUUCUGGCCUACACCGUGGAGGCGGCAAACUUCUCUGACAUGAUGGAUGUCAUCUUUGUUGCUGAAAUGAUUGAAAAAUUUGGGCGUUUUGCUGAAAAAUACAAAGAGCUUGGUGACGUCAUGGUUGACAUAGCCAGUAACAUAAUGCUGGCUGACGAGCGAGUCUUGUGGAUGGCACAGAAAGAGGCGAAGGCUUGCACACGUAUAGUGCAGUGCUUACAGCGUAUUGCUGCCUACCGGCUGGCCAAUGGCGCGCAAGUAUACUCCACAUUUUCCCCAAACAUAGCUCUGGAAGCCUAUGUGAUAAAAUCCGCGCUCUUCAGCGGAAUGACCUGUACAGUGUUUCAGAAACUGGCUGCGUCCGAUCGCGUGGGAUUAGCUGACUUUGGGAGAAGAGACCCCGACGGGAACCUGGAUAAACAACUAAGCUUCAAGUGCAAUCUGUCCAGUACCUUCAGUGUGGUGGCAUUAAAGAACACUGUUGUGGAGGCUUCGAUCCAGCUGCCGUCUGCUCUGUUUGUGCCCAAAGAGAAGCGUGAGAGGAGAGCAGUGGAGGAGUCUGUAUACAAGCUUCAGCUAAUCGCAUUUAGGAAUGGAAAGCUUUUCCCUGCCACAGGAAACUCCACAAACCUUUUAGAUGGGAAAACACUCUCCGUAGUUACUCCUGUCAUCCUUGCCAAACUAGAUGGACCAAACAGAAACAUUCCCAACGUUCCUAUUAAUGUCACACUUCGUCGCAUUGCUCAUGGGAAGGACCCUGUGGCAGCCCAGUGGGAUUUUGAUCUUCUUAACGGACAAGGGGGAUGGAAAUCUGAAGGCUGCACCAUUAUCUCGUCUGAUGAAAAUAUAACUACUAUUCAGUGCUACACUCUCAGCAACUAUGCUUUAUUAAUGGAUCUGACUGGGACAGAAGUCUACACCCAUCCUGUGACUCUGCUGCAUCCCGUGGUGUAUGUGGCUGCUGUGAUGUUACUGCUGUGCUUACUGCUGUUCAUUAUCAGUUACUUGUACUAUCACAGCUUGAUAAGGGUUAGCCUUAAAAGCUGGCACAUGCUGGUUAACCUCAGCAUUCACAUCUUCCUGACCUGUGCGGUGUAUGCUGGAGGCAUAACUCAGACCAGAAAUGCCAGUGUUUGCCAGGCGAUUGGCAUUCUCCUUCAUUACUCUACAUUGGCUACAGUGCUGUGGGUGGGCGUCACAGCUCGCAACAUAUACAAGCAAGUAACUAAAAAAGGAAAGCGGUGCCAGGAUCCGGAUGAGCUGCCUCCCCCGCCUAGACCAAUGCUCAGAUUUUAUCUUAUUGGAGGUGGCAUUCCUGUGAUUGUAUGUGGAAUAACAGCAGCUGCAAACAUUAGAAACUACGGAAGCCAGCCUAAUGCUCGAUAUUGUUGGAUGGCUUGGGAACCAAGCCUGGGAGCAUUCUAUGGACCUGCAAGCUUCAUCGUUUUUAUAAAUUGUAUGUACUUUCUUAGUAUAUUCAUUCAACUGAAACGUCACCCUGACCGAGUGUUUGAGCUGAAAGAGCAGACUGAGGAACAGCAACGGCUAGCAGCCAGUGAGAGCGGGGAGGGGAACCAGCAAGAUUCACUUUCAGUGUCAUUGGUAUCAACUUCGGCUUUGGAGAAUGAGCAGACGUUCCAAGCACAGCUCCUCGGAGCCAGCCUCACUUUGUUCCUAUAUCUUUCCCUUUGGAUAUUUGGUGCAUUGGCAGUUUCUCUGUAUUAUCCGAUGGACCUGGUCUUUAGCUGUUUUUUUGGAGUCACAUGCCUAAGCCUCGGUGCCUUUUUAGUUGUACACCACUGUAUGAACAGGGAGGACGUGAGACGGGCCUUGAUAAGCACUUUCUGUCCAGGUCGAAGUACGUAUUCGGUGCAAGUCAAUGUUCCACCCUCCAACGUUGCUGGAACCAAUGGUGAUGCCGCAAAGUGUACCAACAGCAGUGCCGAAUCCUCGUGCACCAAUAAAAGUGCACCCAGUGUCAAAAAUUCUUCCCAGGGCUGCAAGCUAACCAAUCUCCAAGCAGCUGCAGCACAGUGUAACACAAACCCCUUGCCUAUCAACACAGCACCCCAGCUAGACAACAGCUUGACAGAGCAUUCAGUGGACAAUGACAUAAAAAUGCACGUCGCCCCAGUGGAGGUUCAGUACCGUCCCAAUGGUCAUCCGUCCAGGCAUCACAAAAAUAGAAGUAAAGGCCACCGUUCAAGUAGGCUGACUGUUCUUCGCGAAUAUGCAUACGACGUACCCACGAGUGUUGACGGGAGUGCUCAAAACGCAUUGCCUAAAAGUCGGCAGAGUUAUUCUGAAGGUCACUCUCGCAGUCGGAGAGCUUAUUUGGCAUACCGGGAACGCCAUUUUAACCAGUGCCACCAAGACAGUAGCGAUGCUGGAAGCACUCUACCUAGGUACAGCAGAAAUAUGGAAAAGACUGCAACAAGUAACCACAAGAAAGACAUUUUGAGAGAACCCAUUGCCGUGGAACUUGAAAGUCAUCAAAAAUCAUAUGGCCUUAAUUUGGCUGUAGAGAAUGAGCCAGCUAAAGAUGAAGUGGACGAGGACCCACCUAUAAAUGCAGAUAACAAUGUUAGGACUGGCCUAUGGAAACAUGAAACUACUGUGUAGUACUUCCAGGCUGGACUCGCGUGAAUGGGAUGAUUUACAUCCCUUCAAAGACUGAUUACAAUUGUUUACAGACUUCUUUUUUUUACCUGUACUUAUUUGGGAGAACACUAACUAUGAAGGAAGAAAUCUGAUCUUACUUCUAGUGACUUUGUUUAUUUGAAAAAUACUUUUGUAUUUACGUGUGGUUUUUUUUAUUAUUUUUUAAAUAUUUUUGUAAGAAAACCAAAACCAAAAAACUUUUGAUGUAUUUUUUGACAUAUACCGAAUGCCUUGAUCCCUAAAGGAUUUGUAUUUAAACAUGUAAUAAAUGACGUCUUUCACGGUCAUAUUUGAUACAUUUGAAA